AUGGAGUACGUAGCUACAUAUAUCUCUCAUUCCCAAGAGUUGAGUGAUCAACAGAUCUCUAAGAUAACCAAUAAAAUUGAAUCUCAAUUUGCCAUAAAAUCUACGAGGUCAAAGAGGCUAGGUAAGCGGGCAAAUGACACAUAUUUUAUAAUCAAUGAUUCUAAAAAUGUUAAAAAUGUUAUUAGUGAGAUAAUUGAUUAUUAUAGCAAAGAAAUUGAUAUUAGUAUCCAAAAGAAUGAUGAAAAUAGAAAAUUCAAGAAAAUGAUGGUGUUCGACAUGGAUUCAACUUUGAUCUACCAGGAAGUGAUAGAAUUGAUUGCAUCUUAUGCUGAUGUUGAGGAUAAAGUCCGAGAAAUCACGAAUAGAGCAAUGAAUAAUGAAAUUGAUUUUAAAGAGUCUUUAAAACAAAGAGUUCAGUUGUUAAAAGGUUUAAAAAUCGAUACUCUAUAUGAUGAUAUUAAAGAAAAGAUUGUCGUCACCAAAGGUGUUCCUGAAUUGGUAAAAUUUAUGCAAUUAGAACAAGGUACAAAGUUUAGUGUAUUGAGUGGUGGAUUUAUUCAAUUUGCUGACUACAUAGGUGACAAAUUAAAAUUUGAUUAUAGAAGAGCUAACCUAUUAGAAGUGGAUGACGAAGGACGUUUAACUGGUAACACAAUAGGCGAAAUUGUUGAUGGGGAAUGCAAAGCUAAUACUAUCCAACAAUUAUGCUCAAAGGACAAAUUUGAUAUAGAUAUUAAAUCCACAGUUAUGGUAGGUGAUGGUGGUAACGAUUUAAGAGCUAUGGCUACGGCAGGAUUCGGUAUUGCUUGGAAUGCUAAACCAAUUGUUCAACAACAAGCUCCAAGCAGACUGAAUACAGACUCUAUGCUUGAUAUAUUAUAUAUGUUUGGUUAUACAGAUGACGAAAUUGAAAGUAGAUUAAGUAAUUAA